AGUCAGAGCUGGAGAAGAGCACUAGUGGUGUGUUGUGAAGUUUUCUUUUUGUUUGUUCAGUGCUGCUGCUGCUGCUGCUGCUGCUGUGAUUUGGUAUCAGUCCAUUCAGGAAUGGAGGGAUGAACAGAGGAAGGGGACAGAAGGGUCUCACUGGGGGAUUUUAGGCAACAACUUUAUUCUUUUUUCUUUCUUUCUAGCCAUGGACAAACAAAAAGUUCUGGCUCGGUUGGUUUCGGAUCUGCAAGCAUUCCUCCUGGUUCUGGAUGGCGAGAACCUCAGCUACAUCGCUCAAGCCAAGAAGAAGUCCAUCUCAGAGCUUCUGUCCAAACUCCAGGAGCACAAAGACACCGCGGUAGUGGAGGAUGCAGAGUACAUGAUCAUGAACUGUCCCUCUGGAGGACCAGCGAAUGACCUCCAAAGAAACUCGGCCACUGAUCCAGGUUCAGCCGAAAAUCCGCACUUCGAGUGGCUUCGUUGCGCGUCUGUGGGUCCCUCAGUUCCCCCAAGGCCUCCAUACAGGUUGGAGGAAGAUGAGGACUGUUAUGAGGAGGCGGAGCCUUUUAUUCCAGCCUCUCAGUCUACAGAUAAACUGGACUCGGAGAGCAGUCAUUAUGAGUCGUAUGGUGAGGAAGAAGAGGACGUCCCUGUGGACCGCGCCCACUAUAUCCAGUGUGGCUCGUCUCAGCCCUGCCUGCGUCCUGUCCCUGAAUCGCGGCUCUGCGAGUACCUGUGGAGGAAGAAGUGGCUCGGCCAGUGGACACGUCAGCUCUUCAUUAUUAAACACGACUCCUUACUGUGUUUUAAGUGCGCUAAAGACCUCCAACCCCUGCUGGAGAUGAAGCUGACGGGCUGUCAGGUGAUGUACAAGUCCAAACACAGUAAGAAGAUGCAGCACGAGCUGAAGGUGGUGGGUGGAUCGGAGACGCUCAUCCUGGGCUUUCAGAGCUGCAGCCAGGCCGAGGAGUGGAGGAAGGUCAUUGAGGAGCUCAGCGGCUCUUCAUACUGCGAGCCGGAAUCCACAGGUUCCUCCUCCAUCCUGAAGAGUGAAAGACUGGAUUCUUGCAGGUCGAGCUCAGUCCUCCACACUGAUUCCGAUGAAGAGAUCCUCUCUGCUCCUUCUCCUGCUCUCAGCAGCGCUGAGAUCAGUAAUUUUAAAGACAGAGCGGGGUAUCUCAACGUGUUGAUGAAUUAUCAGUGGCAGACUCUGUGGUGCCGAGUGGACGCCGGAGUUCUGAAUCUCUUCAGUGAUGGAAACAGUGAAGUAAUGCCGCAGUACACAGUGCAGCUCCGGGGGAGUGAGAUUCGACCCGAUACCACUCACACACACACACACCGCAUCACUAUCCUACAGCACGGAGACCCUGUGGCUGUCCUGGAGGCCAGCUGUUCUGAUGAUAAAGAGCAGUGGGUCCAGCUCCUGCGGGAUGGGAGCUCCACUGAUGUUCUGUCUCCAAAUCAGCACAACAGUCACGAGUCACUGAGCGGUCUGAAGACCCGAACGCUCCCCAACGCCAACACGUACAUGGACGACCCCUUUCAGCAGAUCUGUGGUUCAGUCCGUGAAUCUCCCAUCUACUCUAACACCGCCUCGCUGGAGCGCAUGCUUCACAAAUCCCACAUCGGUGGAAACGGCAAAUCGCUGCCAUCAUCAGAUUCUGCCGACUACAGCAACUGCGACCUCUUCAGAAGCAACAGUAAGAAAGUGUGUGAGGUGGAGCGCAGUGUGCAGAAGCUGCAGCUGGCAGGGAAACGAAUGCAGGUGAGAGCGGGGUCAGAGGUCAACCUCGUCAACGUGGGGACAAAACCUGCCAAACGCUCGUCCUUCAGACAGUCUCUGCUCCCGUUCUGCUCGGAGAGGACGCAGGGAGGGUUCCUGACUCCACUCCUCCGUAGAACAGCUUCUGCUAAACUCUCUCUCCGCCGUUCUCCCUCCACUCUGCUCAUCGAACACGGCCGUGUCUUUCACACGAGGAAGGACUGGGAGACGAAGGCUUCGGCUUGACCAGGACUCAUCCUCCUCAUCUCAUCUACACAUUCCCAUCCUGUUAUUAUUAUUAUUAUUAUUAUUAUUAUUAUUAUUAUUAUUAUUUGCACUGAGAAUAAUAUUAUACUGAGCAUGUGGAUCAUGCAUAUUUUUGUAAUAUUUUAAAAUCAUUUUUUAGGUACUAUUUUUUUUCCCCUCACAAACAGAUCACAGUUUCUUUUCCGCUUCACUCAGUCUGGAUUUAUUCAUCCUGAAUCUCAUGUGCUUUAACUUUUCUUUUCUUUUCCAUAAAAUCAUUUGAGAGAAAAAAACACUGUUAAUAAUGAAAGUAAUAAUGAAAGGAUGCACUGCAGUCUCAGUCUGUGUGGAGGUGAUUCGGGUCCAAGCGGAGUGUGAGAGAUGAGAAUAUUUCCCUCCUCAUGAACUCUCACUGCAGCUCUGUGCUAACUGUAUCCCGGUGCAAAUACUUUAUAUACAGUCUCUGUUUUUAAUCACGUGCCUUAAUUAUUAAUGUUGUAUCCUUUUUUUUUGUAAUGAUGCAUGGAGUCGUGAUCGGUGUCUGUUUUUUAUUUUCUGGUGUUAUUGAUAUGUUUGGUUUUUUAUGUAAAAUUUUGUG